AUGCCGGUGUAUUCGAUCUCACAUGUGGAGAAUGUUAGAGUGUGUGUGGUGAUGGUUGGGCUUCCUGCCCGGGGUAAGUCCUUGAUAGCUCAAAAAAUUGUUAGAUACUUAAGUUGGUUGUCUAUCAAGUCCAAAUGCUUCAACGUUGGAACUUAUAGACGGGAUCUUCAGAAAGCGGCAGACAUUGGAAACAUUACAGCUGAUUUCUUUGAUCCAAACAAUCCUGAUGGUAUGCACUUUCGUAGACAAGCCAUUGAUUUGGCUUUGCAAGACAUGAUGAAUUGGUUUUUGGAUGAAAAUGGAGUGGUUGGGAUCUUAGAUGCUACUAAUUCCACAAGGGAUCGUCGGAAUCGGAUUGUUAAAGUUCUUAGGGAAAAUCUAAUUGAACCCAUCUUUUUAGAAUCCUUCUGUAAUGAUCAAGAUUUGGUAUUACAAAAUAUUCUCGAUGUUAAAACAACAUCCCCUGAUUAUGUGGGCUCAGAUCUGCAAUUUGCAACAGAGGAUUUCCUCAAGAGAAUUGAAUUAUAUGAGAAGAACUAUGAAACUAUGGAUGUUAGUAUUGAUGCUAAUUUAACAUUCAUCAAACUAGUUAAUGUUAAUUCUCAAAUUAUUCUUAAUCGUAUCGAAAGUUAUUUGGAAUCUCGGAUAGUCUACUACGUGAUGAAUUUACAUAUUAAACCCAGAUCAAUUUAUUUGUCUCGUCAUGGAGAAUCUGAAUAUAAUUUAACUGGUCAAAUUGGUGGAGAUUCUAAUUUAUCUGAACGAGGUUGGAGAUAUGCUAAGAAAUUACCUGAAUUAGUCUUGAAAUCAUUAGGUGAAGAAAAUAAACAUACAAACUUGACAGUAUGGACCUCAACAUUGGCUAGAACUCAACAAACUUCGUCGUUCUUACCUUAUAAACGGAAAUUACAAUGGAAAGCUCUUGAUGAAUUGGAUGCUGGGGAAUGCGAUGGAAUGACUUAUGAAGAAAUUGAAAAUCAAUUUCCAGAAGAUUUCAAAGCCCGUGAUGAUAACAAAUAUGAAUAUCGGUAUAGAGGUGGUGAAAGUUAUCGUGAUAUUGUUAUCAGAUUAGAGCCUAUUAUUAUGGAAUUAGAGAGACAAGAGAAUAUUUUGAUUAUUACUCAUCAAGCCGUUUUAAGAUGCCUUUAUGCUUAUUUCAUGAAUGUUCCACAAGAAGAAUCACCUUGGAUGUCGAUUCCAUUACAUACAUUGAUCAAGUUGGAACCCAGAGCUUAUCAUACAGUCGUAAGCAGAAUUAAAGCAGAUAUUCCCGCUGUGAGUACUUAUAAGGAAAAAGGAACUUCUCAACUUGGUGAACAAAAUAAUAGUACCAGCUCGAAAUCCAGAGAUAUCAUUAAUAACAGUGAUAUUGUUCCAUAG